AUGUCAUUUGGGAACUUUCUCCAAGAAAGUCUGGAAGUGGAGAGUUUCCACACGAGGUUCAGUGCCUGGACACCUUUUAACAACCAGUUCUUAAAUAGACAGCUCUUUCAAGAAAGAGUUACUCUCAUAAGUCACUGGUUUGACCUCUGGACCAACAAGCAACGGCAGGAAUUCUUAUUCACAAUUCUUUCACAAUGCUCUAAAUCACAAUUAAGGUUCAUCCAAGACUGGUUUUCAGAAAGGAAGCAGGUGGCCAGAGUGGAUUUCUCGACAGUGUUACCACGCUUCAUUUCUCUUUAUAUCUUUUCCUUUCUGAAUCCAAAAGACUUGUGUGCAGCUGCUCAAGUCAGCUGGCCCUGGAAGUUUCUAACAGAACAGGAUUGCCUAUGGAUGCCUAAAUGCACUAAGUUCGGAUGGUUUUUGCCCUAUACUCCAACACAGAAUGAAUACGGAGCUUGGAAGCACCACUACAUUGCUUGUGUCUCCAGCCUGGACUGGCUGACACCCAGGGAAGCUGCUGCUGUCUAUGGAACACUGAAUGAACCCACAACAGAAGAUGAGGAGCUCCAGGAGAGACAAAGAGAAAAGUACCUAAGAAAAAUGAUUUGGGAGAAAAUUGCAUUCCAUAAGAAGGAGUUACUCAAAGCUCGACCCCCCUGGCUGAGUGGAACACGCUGCUCCAGGUUGCGGAAAUGCACGAGCCCGCCUGGUGGUCCUCAUCUGCAGAGACAUGGAGCUAGGCUCGAUGAAACACUGGAGAGACAGUUUGUUCAUACAUCUUUAGAUGCUUUGUCCAAGCAAAGCCAUCUAUCUGGGAGUCACUCUUACUCUUUAAUAAAGAAAAAUCAUCAUGAGGUUGGCAGAACUAAUGACAACUCUUCCUGUGCUUUGCAACCACGUAUCAUCCUAAUAUCAUCUCAGAUUCCUGCAUAUGAGAUGGUGAUGGAGAGCGUUAAGGUCGGCGUCGUGGCUGUGCUAUACGAGCACAGCGGAGUGACACUGGAGGGCCUGCUUCAUCUCACAGACAGAGCUCUGCAGGGACGGAAGGCACAGAGCCUAGGAAUAUUCAGCAGUGGAAACAGCAGAGAAAUAGACUUACUCCAAGGCUAUAAAAUUUGUACUAAAAAUUUACUGUGGCCUGAAGUGAGAGACUUCUGGGAGAAACUAGGAAGCUGUGUGGCCACUGAAGAAGAAGGGGGACGUGUAGACUUCUUUGUGCCACUGGGAGCAUCAGAAGCGGGCAUAGAAAUUCUUUCUCAGCUGUCUCAACUAACUGGCACCCUCUUCUCCGCCCCCGCUGGAAUCGCGACUGGCUCGUACCAACACAUUCUCAGUGACUGGCUGUGGCCAGAGCGGGGUCAGAAUCCUCCUUCUAACUACUUUAGCGAGUCCAAGCUGCAGGCAUGGUCCAGCUUCACAGAAUUCCUGGAAGACACCUUGAAAUCAGUGAGGACGGAGUUGAAGCCGCUCUUUAAGAACCUGCAGGCGAGCAUCAGCGGCCGGAUGAUAGGGCGAUUUAUGCUUGACGCUCUGGGUAUGAGCAGCUUUCUAAAUAACCAAGACACUGCACAGACUCUGGCAGAGGGACUGAUGGAGCUGUCAAAAGAAGGAUCUGACAAACCUCUGGAAUUUUUGUCAUGCUUUUUGCUGAAGAAAUCUAGUAAAAAGAACAACGAUUUUGAAGGAAAUGAUAUUCUGACAGAAGGUGACCUGAAAGAAGCAUGGGAUCCACUCAUGAAGCAAGGCUCCACAAUAGAAGACUAUUCUCAGGACUCAAAGCCAAGUCUAAGCCAAAUGGACCUGGACACAGAGGUGCUGGUUAAGCUGGAGAGAAAACUCCAGAUGGACUCAGUAGAGAAACGAACCCAAGUUGUAAGGGAGCUUGUACAGAGUGAGAGACGGUAUGUGCAGAUGCUGGAAAUCGUGAGGGAUGUGUACCUCAGGCCCCUGAGGGCAGCACUGUCUUCAAACAGGGCCAUUCUGAGUGCUGCCAAUAUCCACAUCAUUUUUUCUGACACUCUGCGCAUCUUAAAUCUCAACAGAGAGUUUCUAGAUAACCUAAAAGACAGACUACAGGAAUGGAGCCCAGCCCACUGUGUGGGAGAAAUAUUCAUAAAGUUUGGAAGCCAGUUGAACACAUACAGCAAUUUUUUCAACAAUUAUCCAGUUGUUCUGAAAACCAUCGAGAAGUGCAGAGAAAUGACACCAGCAUUCAGAGCUUUCCUGAAGAGGCAUGAUAAAACCAUUGUUACCAAAAUGCUGAGCCUGCCAGAGCUGCUUCUGUACCCGUCCCGGAGAUUUGAAGAAUAUAUUCAUCUUCUCUAUGCUCUGAGACUCCAUACUCCUGCAGGACACGUAGAUCGUGGGGACCUGACCACUGCAAUUGAUCAAAUCAAAAACUAUCAAGGCUACAUAGAUCAGAUAAAGAAAAACCUCAAAAUGAGAGAGCAGCUUUCUGCUAUGCAGACAGUCAUCUGGGGGUGCCCCACUCUAUCAGAAAUAAACAGAUACCUGAUCAGGAUCCAAGAUGUAGUUCAACUUCGCUGCUGUGAUGAGAAAAUGGAUUUCUCCUUAAGGCAGUAUGAACAGACCCGAGACCUCAGUCUCUUUCUCUUCAAUGAUGCACUGCUUAUUACCAGUCGGAGCACAUCUCAUACUCCAUUUGAAAGGACUUCUAAAACAACCUACCAGUUCAUUACAUCAGUGCCCCUUCCCAGGAUGCUCAUAGAAGACAUUCCAGACUCCAAAUAUGUCAAGAAUGCAUUUAUUCUUCAAGGUUCAAAACAUGAAUGGAUCUGUGCUACUGAGGUGGAGGAUGAUAAAUUCCUUUGGUUGUCAGUACUCCAACAUACAAUCAGAAGCAGUAUGAAGUAAGACUGGAUUCAAAGAACACAGUAUCCUUGGAAAGUCAGAUAAUGUAUAUUUUGUGCUUCAGAACAUCUAGUGAGAAGCACACAGAUAUUUGUCAUGGCUAAUAAGGAGAUGAGAGAGCUAGGACGGCCUGUGAAGUUCCUUCCAAAUUUUAAAAUCCAUGAUAAAGCAUGGUGUAAUGUAUAAAAACAAUGAGUUUAAAAUUUUGAACUGUAUCUUGUGGUAACUACUGCUCAUAAGCAUUACUUAAGACAAUUUGAUACGAUGAGUAACAAGAAAAAAACAUAUUGUAUAGGUUUUUAACA